CAGUGAGUACUGGGUAUGUGUCACACUGCCAAAUCCCUGAUCACAAGUCUCUAUGAACGGGCGGUGAGCUAUAAUAAAACCCCUGACAUCAUCAUUCCAGAAGCUUCACAGGGCUGCGUAUAUAAGGGGCUGGAUGUAGCUGCAGCUGAAGGAGCUGACCAGCCAGCUGACCCAGACACUCACCAGCCACUCACCGCCGCCAUGGACAUCGCCAUCCACCACCCCUGGAUCCGCCGCCCCUUCUUCCCUUUCCACUCCCCCAGCCGCCUCUUUGACCAGUUCUUUGGUGAGCACCUGCUGGAGUCUGACCUCUUCCCGACUUCUACUUCCCUGAGCCCCUUCUACCUCCGGCCACCGUCGUUCCUGCGGGCACCCAGCUGGAUUGACACUGGGCUCUCAGAGAUGCGUCUGGAGAAAGACAGAUUCUCUGUCAACCUGGAUGUGAAGCACUUCUCCCCAGAAGAACUCAAGGUCAAGGUGCUGGGAGAUGUGAUUGAGGUGCACGGCAAACAUGAAGAGCGCCAGGAUGAACACGGUUUCAUUUCCCGGGAGUUCCACAGGAAAUACCGGAUCCCAGCAGAUGUGGACCCUCUUGCCAUCACCUCCUCCCUGUCCUCUGAUGGGGUCCUCAGUGUGAAUGGACCAAGGAAACAGGCCUCUGGCCCUGAGCGCACCAUUCCCAUCACUCGUGAAGAGAGGCCCUCUCUCACUGCAGCCUCCAAGAAGUAGAUGCCCUUUCUCUGAUUGAAUUUUUUAAAACGAGAACGUUUCCUCACCAGUGACUAAAACUCUCGCGACUAGUGCUGAAGCUUAUUAAUGCUAAGGGCAGGCCCAAAUUAUUAAGCUAAUAAAAUAUCAUUCAGCAAUAGA